AGGGCAGAGCAGCGCCACGCUGGGCGACAUGCAAUGAUUCACCGCCCAUCAUGGCCGAGCGAUGCCCCAUCAUGGCCGUUAUAAACCCCGUGGCUGCUGCCCCCAGCAUCCAGUCCAUCAUCCGCAAAACAUUACUCGAAUCCCGUCUCGGCAAGAGAACUCGCCUGAACCCGCUCCUUCCUUCGCCGUUCCCAAUCGCCUCCAGCACCAACACCAGCACCAACAUGAACUACGCCUUCUUCAAGCGCGGCAUUCCCCUGGAAGUCUACCCCAUCUUUGGCAUGAUUUCGUGCGCCGUUGCCUUCGGAUGCUAUGUCGCCCAGAAAAAGUUCCGAUACGACCAGGACCUGCGGAUCCGUGAAGACAAGGGCUACAACCCCCACCAUUGGGCUCACCGCAUCUCGGGUUUCAACUGA